AUGAAGAGUAAACUCUUGAAAUUUCACGAAAGCUGUGCUCAAGAAUACAAUGAGCUUCUCAAACAUUUUAAUCUUCUCUUCUAUGGAUAUGGAUGCAAAGAAAAAAUACUCGAGAGGCUUUUUCCAAAGGCUAAGAGAUUCAAUAUGCGCUUUUCGUCUCCAAAAUCCAUUGCCGAGGAUCUUCUACUACAGGGCUAUGGAAGUAGUCCCGAAUCAACCAUAAACGACAUUGAUAACUGGCUGGCCUCACGUGGCAUGAUGCUUUGUCUUGUGUUGCUCAACUUUAGAGUUGAGAACAGAGAGUUCUCAAGUCUCAAAAACAUCAAAAUUAUUGCAACUAUUGAAAGCAUCGAUAUUAAAUUUGAGCUAGAAGACCUUGAAACAUUCAACUUCAUAUUCAGAGAUCUUACCACGUUUGAGGAUUACGAAGAAGACACCAUCGAUAUUGAAUUGCUUGAGAACAGGGUGCAAAAUGUCCUUAUGGUAUUGAAUAAUCUAUCAGCCAAAUCAAAGGCAGCAUUCAAAGCACUUUUGAAGCAGGGCAGUUGCACAACCCACACGCUAUACGAUGCAGUUAAAAAAGACCUAUUCCUUACAAAAUCUGCCUCGCUGAUUGAUCUUCUAAAGGAGUUUGUUGAUCACAAAAUUAUCAAAAUUCAUGAAAACAGAAUCAUAAUAUUCCUGAAUAAACAGGAGGUGAAAAAAGUCCUGGAAGAUCCAGUAUUGGCAAGGUAA